AUGGCUAGUACUUUUCUUCUUCUUGUAUUGUUGCUCGUCUCAUUUGCUCCGAGGUUAAGUUUCUCCCUUAACCAAGAAGCAGCCUGUUUACACGAAAUUAAACUCUUUCAUUUUGACGAUCCUGAUAAUGUGUUAUCGGAUUGGAUACUGAAAGAGAACGAUACGCGUUGUCACUGGUUUGGAAUUACCUGUGAUCGGCUAACUCUUUCUGUCAAUUCCAUCAACCUCUCUAACGCGCAUAUUGCUGGUGCGUUUCCCUCAUCACUCCUCUGCCUCGGCCUUCCCAACUUGAAUUUCGUCAUUCUUGCUAACAACUCAAUCAACUCCACACUCUCUGAUGACAUCUCCACGUGUCGGUCUCUGCAGUACCUCGAUCUUUCUCAAAAUCUCCUCACCGGAAAACUCCCUGCCACCUUGCCCAACAUUCCUCAUAUUAUACAUAUUGAUUUUUCGGGUAACAGUUUUUUCGGGGAUGUUCCUGCCAGUUUCGGGAUGUUCAGGACCAUCGAAACCAUCUUCCUUAGUCAGAAUUUUCUAGACGGAGCUAUCCCUGAGUUUUUGGGUAAUAUUUCGAGUUUGAAGCAGUUGGAUUUGUCAAUGAACCAGCUUUUACCAAGUCGGAUUCCUCCUGGACUUGGUGCUCUCGAUGAAGAUAACUUGACUGAAACCGUUGCUGCUGGGAAGGUUUUUAAGGUUGUUUUGAGUAAUGCUGAUGCGGUGGCUGUGAAAAAGAUUUGGGAUGGUUCUAAACUAGCAGACGAGAAGGGAGAUGUUGAGAGAUGUGGUUCAGUUCAAAAUGAGGGUUCGAACCACAGAUUGAGACGCUCAGAAAGUUUGCUACCUAUUAACCACCCUUCAAUGAGAAGAGCCCUUGAUAUGUUGCUAGAAAUAGGUGGUUUCCGUAGCCAAAUGAAGAAUCUUAGAAGAAAUGAUGAAAUGUCACCAUAUUAUGACAAAGAUGCUUCUAUCAAGGAAGUAGAAGCAAAAGACACAUAG